AGUGCUGCAAUCUGAUUGGGACGCUCAAUCCUGUGCUUAGUGCCACAAAUUCUGUAGCAGUGUCACCAGACUCUUCUGCGCCACCCCCGCGCAACGAAGAGGCGGGGCCAGACUAAGUUGUUAUAUACUGAAGGAGAUAUGAGUGACACAAAUUCUAUUUAUACAUGCCUACAUAUUUGAAUAAAUUAUUAAACAAUAAAGAAAUUUUUUUUUAUUCUGUUUAUUUGUUUUGUAAUAAAAAGUACAUACAAUACAGUAAAAUACACAUGUUAUUUGCAAAUUGCAAUAUCUGUCUGCUUUCAUCUUUUCUCUCCAGUAAAUUUUGAUAAAAUGCAUAGUAUGGGUGGGGUCGUCUGCUGACAUACACGACCCCACCCAUAUCCUACAGUCAUAUUAGACUUGGAGUACUCGACUACUCGUCUUGUGAUUAACUAAUGGCUGGCAACCUGAGAAGCGAUUUGGUAGCUGGACUUAAUGAACAAGACGACAUCACUCCUCUUCAGUUAGUAAUAUCAAUACCACUUCACUCUGCAAACACAGGAGUACAGUUACCCACCAAUGGUAACAUCAUUUCAUCUCAGAAUGUAGUUGUUGGUGCUUCAGGGGAUUUCACUCCAUCUCUUCCUUCACGUCAGCCACCUAUAAUGGGUGGUGGACAGCCCUCCUCUGCAAGCAAUGACCCAGAGAAGACGAAACUCAUCCAACAGCAGCUAGUACUCCUCCUUCAUGCUCAUCGCUGUCAGCAGAUUGAGAGAGAAAAAGGUACAUUAUGGAAACCUUGCCAGCUGCCACACUGUAGGACAAUGAAGAAUGUUCUUAAUCACAUGACAGAUUGUCAAGCAGGAAGAGACUGUCAAUUUCCUCAUUGUGCUUCUUCAAGACAGAUCAUUUAUCACUGGAAGAACUGCAACCAGCAAGAAUGUCCUGUAUGCCUUCCUCUUAAGAACACCACUCGUCCCAAUGUGGGUGGUUCCAUAGGUGGAGUCCCUAAUUCAAUGUUUGGUGGUGACGUCCCUCCAGUGAGUCUCCCACCACACCUGGUCCCAAAAGCUACUGGUGCUAUGGCUCCUGGUCAGAAUCCACCUUUACCUCAAAAAGCCGGCCAGCCUCAAGGAGGAGGAGUUGGAGGAGUUAAUCCUAAUCCAAUGGGACCAGCUCCUGGUCUCCCUCCUUCUUCUACAAGUGGACCCAUGGGCCCUAAUCAAUCGAUACCCCCUAACCAAUCCGCCAUGCCUCCUAACCAUGUUAAAGCGUGGCAUGCUGAAGUUAAUUUAGAUCUAAGGAAUCACCUUAUUAAAAAACUAGUUGAAGCAAUAUAUCCAGUUCCUAAUCCAAACAGUAUGCAUGAUAGUAGUGUGAAGAGUCUAUUCCAAUAUGCAGUGAAAGUUGAGAAUAUGAUGUUUGAGAAUGCAAGCAGUAGGGAGGAUUAUUAUCAGAAAAUAGCAGAAAAGAUUUAUCGUGUUAGAAAAGAACUGGACGAGAAGAGACAAAUGCAUGAAAGAAGAAAAGGCUUUGUGCCAUUUUCCUCCCCACCUGUCUCUGUGAAUAAUGUACUACAAGAACUCAAAUCCUCUAUCCCUUUAUCAGCUAUGGGCGGUACUUACUGUAAUAAUUGUAGCACAAACAUCAAGUUUAGGUGGCAUUGUAAAGAAUGUUGGUAUUACAAUCUCUGCUCCACCUGUUACCCAGUAGUUGGUCAUGUGCAUCCAAUGGAGAAACUAUUUCCUGUCUCAAAUGGAGUUGUGGAUAAGUGGCUAAAAGAGGGCAGUGUUGAGCUAACUGUUACUCGUGUUAACAUGCAUGGACCUCCUGGAGCUGGCAAAACCUGUGCACAACAUUUUCUACUAAAUGAAGACCCACCUACCGAGUGUGUCACUGACAGUACGCCAAUCGCUCGUCCAACUGUCAGAGCUACAAGAGUAUCCGUUGACAAUUUGAAAUGGGAAAAAGUUACUAGAGCUGGUUUACUUGAAAGACUGGCUUCUGAUUUAAAUGUAGCAGCUGCUUCUCAGCCUGAAGAAUAUACUGAAUCUACUUCACCUUUAAAUGUACAAGCACAUCAACCAGAACAACACAGUGACCCUAUCAUCAAUUCUGAUUCCACUUCUAUUUCCAAUUCUGAUCCUGUCAUCAAUUCUGAUCUUAUCACUGAUUCUGAUCCUGAUCCUGUCAUCAUCAAUCCUACUUCUAGCAUUAAUUCUGAUUCUAUAGAAAUAAAUGAAACUAUUGUUUCAAAUAAUCAAGCAAGCUCAAUAUCAAAUGAAGCCAAUAAUGAUGAAACUGAAACUGUGAUUCAAGAAAUUAUAGACACAAUCCAACGAUCAGCAGUUCAGUUAAGUGGCCAUUGGUUGUAUAUCAUUGAUUCUGGAGGUCAGCCAGCAUACCAGGAGCUAUUGCCAUUGUUCAUUAGAACAGCUUCUCUCAAUAUCAUCACUCUUGAUCUCUCCCAACCUCUUGAUAGAAAGCUUGAUUUUCAGUACAGAAUUGGGGGAGAGACAUUUUCAUGUGGCUUGAAUUUAAAGUAUUCAAAUCGGGAAUUCUUUCAGUCUGCAGUUUCUUCUGGAGCCAUUUUGAAACCAAUUGAUGUCCCUCAUGUCCUUGAAACACCUUCACAUCCAAUGCAUUUUGUGUUAGGCACACAUUAUGAUCUCAUAAGUCAAGAUAGCCUCAAAAAGAUUGAUAAAGAGUUAAUGUCUUCACUGAAGCCUGACAUACAAAAUUAUGUUGUCCACAAUAAACGUGGCGAGUCCAUCAUAUUUCCCAUUAAUACACUAGUCCCUGCAGAUAAAGGAAGAUUGGAAGCAGGACAGAAACUCUGUCAGUCAAUAGCAAAUUGUGGAGGCACUUCUCUUAAAAUGCACAUGCCAAUUCGAUGGUUUGCAUUUGAGCUUUGGUUGCAAAAAGUAGCAGAGAAGAAAAGUCGUAAUGUUCUCGUAAUAGAUGAAGUUAUAUCUGCUGGUAAAAGGUUUAAAAUGAGUGAGGGUGAUACUAAGGAUGCUUUACAGUAUCUCCACAGUGUCACUAUUGUCCUAUAUUUUCAUGAUAUCUUGCCACAAUUAGUUUUCAUUGAUCCUCAGCCUAUUCUUGAGAUUCUAUCACGUUUAUUGGCUCUGACUUAUGUUGAAAGAAGUGCAUUGCACCUUAUCACCAAUCCAGUACCUUUAGAUGAAGAUAUUAACAAGCUUCAUAAUUUUGGUUCUUUCAGGAAA